CCUCCCCUCCUAGCUUGCAGGAAAUGAUGGCAAACCGCGAUCUGAAAUGAUUACUCCGGAAAAAAACCCUUUUAUACCAGGAGAGCAUCCACGGGGCUAGGCAGAGGCGAGAGGCGGCCGCGGGGCAGCGGGGAGACGAGGAGCCAGCCGCCGGCGGAGCCGGGACCCCCUUCCUCCCGCAGUUUCUCUCCGACGAUGCCGGACGAAGCCACGGAAAGCGCCGGCUCCACCUCCGCCCGCGUCUCGUCCUUCUUCAUCGAGGACCUUCUGGGCAGCGAGGGCACGGCGGGCGGCGGGGCGCGGCGGGCGGCGGCGGGCGGUGGCGGGCGCGGGGGUCCGCGCUGCGGGCCGCACUCCCCGCUACACAUCGGCGCCCCGGGCUGCCCCCUCCGCGACGCCGCCGUCGGCUGGUACCGCCGGGCGCACGCCGCCUUCCUGGGCUGCGCCAGCCCCGACACCAGCGACCGGGACUCUCCGGAGCUGCCCGAGGAGCCGGCGGAGCGGGCGGGCGGCGGCGGGCGGGCGGCGGCGCGGGGCCCGGCGGGCGGGCGGCCCGGGCCCGGCGGCCGAGAGGAGGAGGAGGAGCGCAGCGAGGAGCCGGGUGAGCCGGAGCAACGCGCUGCCGGCCGCAAGAAGAAGACGCGCACGGUGUUCAGCCGCAGCCAGGUGUUCCAGCUGGAGUCCACCUUCGACGUGAAACGCUACCUGAGCAGCUCGGAGCGGGCCGGGCUGGCCGCCUCGCUGCACCUCACCGAGACUCAGGUGAAGAUCUGGUUCCAGAACCGCCGCAACAAGUGGAAGCGGCAGCUGGCCGCAGACCUGGAAGCGGCCAACCUCUCCCACGCCGCCCAAAGGAUAGUGCGGGUCCCCAUUUUAUACCACGAGAACUCGCCGGCGAGCGCCUUGGGCUUCACCCUGCCCCACAUGUCACCCCCCUUGGUGGGCUUCUCCAGCGGCGUCAGCUACCCCCUGGGCACCUUCCCCGCCGCCUCUCUCCCUUUCCUACGGUCGCAGAUGACAGGACUCGUCUGAGCGCCCAACUCUGCCGGGACCGCGGCCCCCUCUCGCCCCCUCCCUCGGCUUCCAGCUCCACCCCCCUUCCUCCACGGACUUUUUAUUUUCAACUUACACUUUUCUUGAUUUUCUGCCUUUUUUCUUUUCUUU